AUGUUUGCUGGACUUCCGCCAAAAAAGACGCUCCUUCUUGCGCUCCCUCUGCUGAGCAGUUGGGUCGAGGCCGCGCCCUCUAGUAAAUUUCGCCUGGGAUCCCGUGACUUGACAUUCGACUACGGUAGCAACAAGGUCCAUGGUGUCAACCUCGGAGGAUGGCUAGUGACCGAGCCGUGGAUCACACCCUCGAUCUAUGAAGGAGCAGGUGACUCAGCCGUUGACGAAUGGAGCCUCUGCGACGCCCUUGGUCACGAUGAGGCGCUUUCUCGGCUCUCCAACCACUGGAACACCUUCAUCACCCAGGACGAUUUCAACCAGAUCGCCGCCGCGGGGUUGAAUCACGUCCGGAUCCCUGUUGGAUACUGGGCUGUCGCCCCGAUUGACAACGAGCCGUUCGUCCAGGGUCAGCUCGACGUUCUCGAUAAUGCCAUUGAUUGGGCCCGCGGUGCUGGUCUCAAAGUAUUAAUCGAUUUGCAUGGAGCCCCCGGCUCGCAGAAUGGCUUUGACAAUAGCGGCCGCAAAGGAUCUAUCAACUGGCAGCAGGGAGAUACAGUUACACAAACUCUCCAGGCUAUCCGGGGCUUGGCCGAGCGAUAUGCGCCACAGACCGAUGUGGUCGUGGCCAUUGAAGCUCUCAACGAGCCGAUGAUCCCCUCCGGCGUGAACCAGGAUCAGCUGAAGCAGUACUACUACGACGUCUGGGGCACCGUCCGCGACUCUAACCACGACACUGCCGUCGUCCUGCACGAUGGUUUCUUGGCAGUCGACUCGUGGAACGGAUUCAUGAACGAGGCGUCCGGGGUCUGGUACGUCAUGAUGGACACCCAUCACUACGAAGUGUUCGACAACGGUCUGUUGGCCAUGAGUAUCGACGACCAUGUCAACACUGCCUGCCAGUUUAGCAAGGACCACCUGCAACAUGUAGACAAGUGGACCGUUGUAGGCGAAUGGACCGGUGGAAUCACCGACUGCGCCAAGUGGCUCAAUGGACGAAAUGUCGGUGCUCGCUACGAUGGGACAUACCCGGGCAGCACGGCCCUCGGGAGCUGUGACGGCAAGUACCAGGGCACUGUCGAUGGGCUCUCGGAUGCCGACAAGUACAACGUCCGUCGCUUUAUCGAGGCCCAGCUGGAUGCGUUCGAGAAAUCCACUGGUUGGAUCUUUUGGACCUGGAAGACUGAAGGCGCUCCGGAAUGGGACAUGCAGCAGCUUCUUGCAGGAGGGCUCUUCCCCCAGCCUCUCUCGGACAGACAGUACGGCACCAACUGCGCAUAG